AUGUGGGUGGGUGCCAUAAAAGCUGUGUUUGCAUGUACUAGAGGGGGAAGGUGGAGAAAAGCAGCUAAAUGUUUUGGUGUUGGACAUGUGACUUCCUCCUUAUUCUGCAGCAAGAGCCUGAUCAAGCAAGUUCAAGGUCAUAUAACUAUACUGAGGAAUAGGAGGGAGUCUAUCAUAAGGCAGUCAAGGGGUGAUAUUGCCCAAUUCCUCCAAGGUGGGCUGCUUCAAAGAGCCUUGGAAAGGGUUAUACAGCUCUAUAAAGAUCAGUGCCUGUUGUGUGCCUAUGAUCAGAUUGAACAAUUUUGUGGAUGCAUCAUCUCCAACAUUUCCCAUAUUACCAAGCAAAGCUCCUGGCACACAUUGCCAAUAGAUGCUACUGAAGCUGUGUCAAGUCUAGUUUUUGCUGCCUCUAGGUGUGGUGAACUGCCUGAGCUACAUCUAUUACGAAGCCUGUUCAAGGAGCGAUAUGGUUGCAAAUUUGUGCUGGCGAAUGUGGAACUACGACCAGGGAAUCUAGUGAAUUUUCAGAUUAAGCAGAAUCUAUGCAUCACUUCAGUACCAGAUAACAUGAAGCAGAAGUUAAUUAAUGAAAUAGCUAAAGAGUGUGAUCUUCCUCUUGUGUUUCAGGAUCCUGAUCUUCAGGUUUAUGAGAAAUGCUACUCUGAGCAGAAAGCUGAAGUGCUGGAUAUUGAAAUGCAAGAUAUUUCCAGUGACAUUGAUGAGCAUUGGAUACAACUUUCUGAGUAUGAGAAGCCAAGGAACGAUUUGUCAUGUUGUAAAACUUUGGCAGCCAUUCCAAGCCAAUCUUGCAUUAACUCGAAUGGCUACUAUAGCUCUACUCAGAUUACAAAAAGAGCAGCUUUAGUUGAGAAGCUUGAAGUUUCAUCAACCAGGACUUCGUUAGAUAGUUCUACACCUCAAAUUUAUGAAACAUCUAUUGUGUAUCUUGAUGACUUGGAACUGAAGAAAACUGGCAUCUGUGAGAAUUAUGUGACAAAAGGUUUGACUGUCACGCGUUCAACCAGGAGAUCUGUGACUCCUGAAAGUAGAUAUCACAAUUCUUUCAUGGAGGAUCCCUUAAGAAGGAAAAACUGCAAGGUUUUGGCAAAUGGUCGUCUUUCUUUAGAUGGUUCACUCGAUAAAUGGAAAGCACAAGAAGGGAAUUCCUCUGGCUCAAGUCAUGUGCAUCCGAAUCUCCCAGAGUAUGAAAAUCUAGUGGCUAGAUUAAAGGAUCUCAAGGCAGAGUAUAGAUGA